AGCAGCAAAAGCAACAGCAACUCUUUCAACAAACAGCACACAGAAACAGCAACACAUACGAAAUGUUGUACUCCCACAACCAACACCCGCAAACGCAAUCGCACACGCACACGCUGCCCCUGGCGCUGCACACAGCGCAGCCAGCAACAGCAGCAGCAGCGGCAGCGGCAGCGGCAGCAGCAGCAGCAACACGCCAGCAACAGGAGCAGCAGCGCCAGCAAAAGAAGCGGCAACAUGCCGAACAUCAGCAACACGCCAGCAGCAGCAGCAGCAGCGCCAAUAAAACCAGCAGCAGCAGCAGCAGAUCCGCUGCACAGCACAUGGCAGAGGCGGAGCACGCCUAUUUGUCCAAUAUGUAUGGCAAGGCGGCUGUCAAUAUGCUCAGCCCGCCGCUUGCAGCCGCGCACGAGCCGCGACGCAGCAGCAGCAACAGCAACAGCAACAGCAACACCUUUGACUGGAGCCUGGCGCAGCAGGAGGCGGCCUCGCAGCAGCAGCAGCAGCGCGCCGUGCGACGCGCUGCGCCAGCGUCGGCUGCUGUUGCCGCCGCCGCUGCCGCCGCCGCCGCCGAUGCAGCAGCUGUGCGCCAGCAGCGGCAGGCCAUAAUGCAUCGCAGGCACAGCAUUUGCGCGGCCGGCAUUGCCAGCCUGUCGCCGGCCUCGUCCACGAACUCCUCGUCGGCAGCAUCGCCAACGACAUCGGCAGCGGCGGCUGCCGCGCUGGCAGCGGCCUCCUAUUAUGGCGCCUUUACCGCGCCCUAUCAUCAUAUGAGCGCUGCGGCGGCAGCGGCAGCGGCUGCACAUCAUCAGCAUGGCCAGCCCUCGCCGACAAUAUAUCCGCCGACGCCGCCGCCGUCGGCGCCCUGGGUGCAUCCCUGGUAUGCGGGCGAUCCCUUCUAAGCGAAAUCAAAAACAAAAAGUGAAAGAAGAAAGAAGAAGACGAAGACGAAGAGGAAGAUAAACAAAACUAAAAAAUGCGCUUCUCCCAUGUACAUUUGUAGUCUAUGCCUAAGUUUAUUUAUAUACAUAUUUGUUUAU